AUGUCAACUUUUGAGAAGGCAAAUAAUGCUGAGAGUGACGAAGUAUUAUUAGAAGAUAUUAGAGCGGAAGAUGAGAAUGAGCAAAAAAAUCAAGAGGAAGUUUCAGAAGAUGUCAUAAUUGAAUUAGAAGGGAAAAUGAAAAAUCACAUUGUUAAAGACGAGAAAGAGGCUUAUAUUUUAUAUUGUGAAUAUGCACAUUCCAAAGGUUUCAGUGUACGGAAGGAUAAGCAAUAUUAUUUUCAAGGUAGCGAAGUGGUUAGGGAAAAACGUUCCGUAUGCUAUAGGCAUGGGGAAAAAGAUGAAAGGCUAAGAAAAUCCAUUAAGGUGUCUUGCAAUCAUAUUGACACGCGAUCAAAAUGUCCUGCAAUGAUAAUCUUUAAGCGUCAAAUUCCUAAUAGUCUUUUCAUGGUGGAUAGAUUUAUAGAAGAACAUAACCAUGAGAUGGCUUCACCGAAAAAGAGACAUUUGCUAAAAUCAGCUCGUUCUAUAACUAAAGCCAAAAAGCUAGUUAUUGAAAACAUGGUUAAUGCUGGUAUAAAGCCAACUGCAACCUAUUCUUACCUGGCAGAAGAAGCUGGAGGGGUUGAUGUUUCAGGCUAUUCAAAGAAAGAUUGUUUUAAUUUUAUAAACCAGUUGAUGAAAUUUAAGGCGGAAGCUGGGGAUGCUCAAAGUGUUGUUAAUGAAUUUAAUAAUAGACAAGCGAGUGAAAGUCUCUUUUAUUAG